CACGUAACAGUCGCAUUCUUGACGUCGUAUCGUAGACACAUCGUCGUCGGUACUGCAGUAGCGACAACGUUCAAUAUUUUUUUGUAACUAUCGUUUAUAAUUAAUGCACGUUGUAUUAUUCAAUCGUAAUCUACCUCACCUACCUGACAUGAAUUGUCCUAGAUUGUGUUAUGAUUUUUAAUGUUCGUAAACAGUACGCGGUUUCGUUUCUGGACACCAUUUCGUUGUUCGUGAAUUAAGAUAUUAACGAAAGUUUGUUUUUUAUAUUGUUUGUUAUGAGAUCCGACGAGAUGGUUGAGGCCUUAUCAAGUAGCUUCCAAAACUUCUAUAACAAGUAUACCCGAUCGGAAAACCCGAAAAUCGUACCGCAACCCGACAGACGUGAAAUAUACAUAGUUCCCGUAAACGCUGCAGGUGACGAUCAAGAGCAGCAUGAUCAGCAGCAUCUGUUACAACGUUACCGUCCGAAAACUCGAAAGAGUUUUGUGUUUAGCACCAAACAACUGUGUCAAGUGAAGGAUUCGAAAUGGCAAAUCAUGAGGCAGAACAAGAUGCGUCCUUUCGUGGGACCGUGUUGUUCAGUUUGCAUACCCCACAUGACAAAAAACAGGGAAAAGGUUGUGUCAAAUUUAAAAAAUAUGUUAGACUUGUACAACAUUGGCACUGUUGAGAAGUCGAUGUUCGGUUAUUUCGUCGACAAUCUCAAAUUUUUUUACCAGCUCAAGAGCCAAGAGUACAAAUACAUUUAUAACGAGGUUCUGGAGGACGAAUUAGUGGUGAAAACAAUCAGCGCGGUGGCACGUGAAGCAUGUGCUGAUGAUUCGGCGGAUGGAGGAAAGCGAUUCACUAAAGAAUUGGAAAUACAGUGGAAAAACACCAAUUAUAUUCUAUCAGUCAUGAGCGCAAAAGUGAAAAACUGGGUCUACAAAUUCAUUGGAUGGUUCACAUUUCGUGCGGUUUCUACGUUGGCCACUAGCCUCGUGGUCCAACCCAGUCAAAUUGAUAGAGUCAGAGAAGCCGAACAGAGCGGUUUACCUGUUAUAUAUUUACCGUUGCAUAAAAGUCAUAUGGACUAUAUACUAAUGGGACUUGUGUUGACUAUGCAUAACAUUAAACCACCUCUGGUCGCAGCUGGUGAGAACCUCAGAGUUUUUUUCAUAAGUAAGCUUUUGAGCUACUUGGGAGCAUUCUAUAUUAAAAGGCAAAUAGAUACAAAAAAAGAUCAACUUUACUGGUCGAUUUUAGGAAGCUAUAUUAAAAAUAGUAUGAAAAAUGGACAUCAUAUUGAGUUCUUCUUAGAAGGUGCCAGAACUAGAAGUGGAAAAUGUUGUGUUCCUAAAAGUGGUUUAUUGAGUAUUAUAGUAGAUGCUUAUCGUGAAGGAGUUGUCGAAGAUGCUUGGAUAGUUCCUGUUUCUAUGAACUAUGACAAGAUAUUAGAAGGAAAUUUUGUCAGAGAACAACUUGGACAACCCAAAAAAAAGGAAACUUUUUUUGCAGCUAUAUUAACUUUUAUUAAAGCUGUUUGUUCACACUAUGGAAUUAUGAGAGUGGACUUUAAUGUUCCAUAUAGACUACGAGAUUUGUAUGAAUCUAUUGAUAAGAUAUCAAAAUUAGAAAACGAAAUGUCUGUAAAAGAAGGUAUGGAAAAAGUACCUGAAAACAUUCAAUAUAAAAAUACAGUUGACAGAAUGGCGAAACAUAUUGUUUAUGAUUGUUGGAAAUCGACUGCUAUAAUGUCAACAAAUGCUGUGAGUUUUCUACUUUUGAAAAAGUAUAGAAAUGGUACUACGAUAGAACAGUUAGCUAAGGAAUUAUCUAUUAUGCGUGAUAAAUUAUCCCAAUGUGAUAGAGAUAUUGGUUUUAGCGGAAAUUCUAAAGAUGUAGUUCAAUAUGCACUCAGUCUCUUGGGGCCAAAAUUGGUUGCACAUGAAAAAAACAAUGAGGGCUAUGUGGUUAAACCAAUCCUCAAUUUAUCAAGCCUUAUAGAAUUAUCAUAUUAUGCAAAUAGUCUUCUCUCCCAUUAUCUUCAUCAGUCAAUAGUUGCUCUUGCAUUAAGCAAACUAGUUUGUCCAGAGUUUUGGAAUAAAUCAAUGAUAGAAACAAAAAUCUCAAGAAACGAUCUAAUGGAAUGUGUGCAAUUUCUUACAGAUUUAUUACAAUUUGAUUUUAUAUUUAUUAAACCAUGUGAUAAUUUGGAUAGUAUUGUAGAUUCAGUGAUUAGACAUUUUGAAGCAGAAGAAAUUAUUUUGAUGGAUAUGUUACUUGACGAAGAAAAACGAAGCCGUAAAUUAGCAAGAAUAUUAGAUAGCGAUUCUGAAGAUGACUACCAACAGCCAUAUAUUGAAUUUGAUAUUAAAUAUAGAGUUAGUGCUAAUGAAAACAGUUUGAAUAAAAUAAAGUAUUAUCGAUCCAUUAUGAUGCCAUACUUAGAAUGUAUGGCUGAAAGUGCUGGAAGUUUCCUUGCUUUAUCGAGUGAUUCAGUUCCAGAACAUGAACAUGUACAAACUGUACUAGAGCAAAUGCAAAAUAAUUUAGAUGAAGGAAUAUUAAUUCAUGGUGAGAGUAUAUCUGUUGAAACUAUCAAACAUUCGUUUUUAGCAUUUGAAAAAUUUGGAUGUCUUUCAAUUAUUGUAAAAGACAAUAUUAAAACUCUGAGCAUGGUUAGUAAAGGACUUGAAGAUCUCAAUCCGAGUAUGCAGACUAUGUCGGAUUAUAUUGAAGAAAUUGUGAAGCAAAUAAAUUAAAAAUAUUGUACAUUGAUCUAUUAUAUUUGAAUGUUUUGGUUAUAAAAAUUAUUUCAUUAAUGUUUUGUACACUUUUAAAUAUUAUCAUAGUAUGCAUAAGUCAUAAAAUAAUUUCCGAGACAUAAGAGUUAAUUUAUAGAGUUUUAGUUUUUUCCAAUGCAUACAAAUAAAUGUUCUCAAAAUUAUGU